CAAGUUUGUAAUUCUGGAGCGCUUUCUUAUGGUUUUGAUUUAGUUUUAUGGUUGAUCGUUGAUGAUUGGAGAUUUCUUCAUGACUUUGAACACUAUGGAAGGAUAAUCCGCCACCAUGUCCCACAUCUACAACCGUCCCGACGACAUUUACGCGUGGAACGCAGUGGACGUGCAGGACGAGCGCACGGGUCUGCUGCAGCACGGCCGCGUCGUCAACGCCGUCAGCAACGGCCUCAUCGUCGACCUGGACUGCGAAGGCCGUCGCGCCGAACUACUGCCGCACAGCGCCGUCUUCCACUGUCAUCGUCGCGUCAACACAACAUUCUACGAGGACAGCCCCUGGGGGUUUCAUCGCGACAUUAGCGAAAUACGGCGGCAGCGUGUGGAGGUGUUGGCCCGCGAACAGGCCAACCGCCCCUGGACGUGGUACCCCGCGGAAAUCAUCUACCCACGCCUCUUCUGGCAGCGCUACGUCUUCCUGGCCAUCCAGCUGGGCGAGAGCCGCGUCAUCAGGCAGAUGAUGCGGGCGCAUCCUGUGCGCUUGCGCGACAGGCACACUUCAUCCUUCGAAAGGGAGAUACGCGCCAUCGUGCCUGCUUCCUUCGUCGCGCAGGGCCAACCGCUGCCUGCUGACUAUUGGGGCGUAAGGGACGAACCCGUAGCCGCCCCCCUAUGGGAGGCCUGGAAGGAGGCCGUCUCUGCGUCGCAGCACGGCAUUUGGCCCGUGUGUGUUCUGGGGAAAAUGGUGGUGUUUCUCCAGGGAACGAAAGAGAAAGACUCUUCGCUGCCGCUGCAGCCCGAGCAAAUGGAGGAACUAAUGUCGGCAGCCAAACAGCGUCUGGCGCAGCGCUCUGUCGCCGCCCCGACACCAUCCCCGUCAGUGCAGCGACCCUGCAGUCCGCCCGAACACGAAGCCCUGCCUGGACUGCCCGCGGAAAUUUGGGAGGAGAUCUUGCAUCUGCUGGACAGCGCGCAGCGGGCCCAGUGCCGGCGCGUGUGUCCGCUGUGGAACGAGCUGCUGCAGCAGCCCGGCCAGGACGUCCUCGUGUCCUUUGCGCAUCAGCGCGGCCUGGACAAGAGCGGCAGGGUCAACACUCCCCACGAAACGGAGUGGCGGCGCUCCGCGUACAUGGUAGGGCUGAGUUUGUGGCAGUGCGUCGGCGCCGGCACGCAGCGGAUCAUCAUCCGAAACGCGUCGCACCGGGCCUAUUGCAACCAAGCCUUGCCGGACUGUCUGCGGCUAAUCGAAUGCAUCCACGAGGGACUCCAGCCUCCUACCGGGAAGGCCCUGACGCUCAUCCUGCACAAAUGCCAUUGGGACGUGGGCAAUUUGCGGGAGAAUCGUCUGGAGUGUUCGGUGCCGGGGGUGAAAGUCAUCUGGAAGGACUGCAGCUUCUCCGGCCCCAGCCGGCACUUCUGCCGGCAACCCAUCGCCUACGGCGUCAGUGCCGCGCACGCGCAGGGCACGGCAGCGUUCCGGGUGCUGGCGGCCUCUCUGCCGGAUCCAGGAGAGGCGGAGCUGGCGCGGUUGUCGCGUUGGUUGGCCGAUGCGGCCAGUGAAGGUGCCGAUCCUGAUCUGCGGCAGCGGAUCGAUCGGGUUCUAUCCAGCUGUCAAACUUGGUACAAUGAUGCGGAUUGCUAUCUUGAGGAUUCCAUCGACGAAUUUGACGUCGAGCACACGUUUGUGACGUUGGAGGAAGUGCAGCAACAGGGUUUGGCCGGCUUGAGCAAACUGACGCUGUGUGCCCUACAGCGCGAAAUGGAUAUGGGCGACCAACCUCAACCGGAUUCCACUGAUGGAUGAAUUGGCUGCUGGCGCGCAACGAUCCCCUGCGGGUGAAUCCUCUUUUUAACGUUACUGGAUUUUAGCCUAUUUAACUUGCUCUCAUGUAUGAAUACCUACAAGUUAGCAUAAAAAACACUUGGGAUCAUUUCCUGCCUGAAACAGUCCCGUCAGAUGUGUGUAAUUAAAAAGUACAAUUUUUUGCGAUAAACCGGAAAAAAGGAAAUACCGCGAAAAGGAUAGCACUUGAUCGAGUAGCCUUCCAGUUUUCCACGAGGCAUGGUGCCCGUAAAGAGGCAUGCGGCAGUUUUUGUGUGAGGCAACUGUGCAUCACUGUUUUUGGAAAUGUUUUAUUAGCA